UGGCGCAUCCCAAAUCUCGAAUCUACCAGCGAAUAAAACGAGAUAGAAAUUAGCGUUCUGAAAUGUGGAUACUCUGCCCUUGUUUUAUCAUUUGCAAUACCCGGUGAGGUGUUGAAGGGCUUGUGUCUGGGGCAUAUUGGGGCGAGGGGAUAUUGAGUUUCUUAUCUUGUUGUUUUUUGGUGGUAAGAUUAUAUACGGGUACCUAGGUUGUCAUACUCAAACUUUGUGGGUGAGGUUUCAUAAGGAAUGCGUUGCGCCUCCAACAUUUAAUUCCUUCUUUUACGCUCCUUUGAGUCUAGGCCAUGAUACCAAAGAUGGUCUCCCAACGGACUAAGGAGCGAAUUUCGUACUGGGCGAAUAAACUGGAGUGCCCGGUUGAUGAACACGCGAAUUACGAGAAUACAAGUACCUGUUCCUUUCCAUAGAGUUUCUCAGUGCACCCAGUUUUUGCAUAUGACUGACGAAAGUGCAGUGGUGUAACCGAGAUUUGAUCCUUAUUCCCGAAGAUAGAAGGACGUGGACAUGGCAAGGCUUCGCGGGAUACUGGAUCAUCACAGGAGCGAAUAAUUCAGCAUGGACAGCAGGUUCUACACUUCUCGCGUUGGGAUUGAGUGUUGGGCAAGCGAUGGGUGUAGUUGUGGGCUCUUCAUGGAUCAUAUCCCUGAUUGGUGUUGUAGCUGGUUGGAUGGGAAGUAAUGAUUACUUGGGGUUUACAGUUAUGUCUCGAGCGUUAGUCUUUCAACUUCGUCAAAUGACCGUAUUCGAAGUCCUUUCUAAUUGAACUUCAAGGUCUUGGGGUAUGCUCGGUGGAUUCUGGCCAGUUCUCAACAGAAUCGUUACAGCUUGUAUCCGGUAAGAAAGACAUCCUACCAAGAGAUAGAACAGAAAACGGGUGCUUACAGCCACCAGGAUGGGAGUACAAACAUACUGGGGCGGUCAAGCAGUAAAAAUCAUCCUAGGAGCGGUCAUCGGACCAAAAUUCGCUUACAUGAAGAAUACCCUUCCCCUUUCGGCAAAUGUCGAUACUUGUAGUUUAAUCAGCUUCUUUAUUUUUCUCGCUUUACUUGCGCCGUUACUUCUCAUUCGACCAGAGAAACUUCAGUUACCACUAAAGGUAAGCUUUCCUCUCCCUAUUCAGCUGCAUGAGGAGAACUGAUAAGUGAAGAUUGCUUUUGUAAUGAUUACCUGUAACAUAUUUGGGAUGUUGAUUUGGUCCGUUCGUACAGCACACGGCGCAGGAGAAUUACUCAGCGCUCCAUCAACAGAAUCGGGGAGUGUACUGAGUUGGAACAUAGUCUACGGGAUUCAAGCUAUCCUAGGACUCUGAGGUGGCGGGACAGUUGGUCAAUCUGGUGAGUUAAAUCUACCAAUUACCGAAGUCGUCUUCAUCCUAACAGACCCCAGACUGGACCAGGUAUGCCAAAACCCUAACAGCCUCCUGGUUUGGCCAAGGUGUAACCUGUCCCCUAACGAUAAUAAUUACCGCCCUCUGCGGCGUAAUAAUAACCUCAGCAACGAACGAAAUAUACGGCGAAUACUUCUGGAACCCGUUCGAGCUCCUCUUACACAUCCAAAAAGUCUCCCUAACUCCAGCAGCACGAGCAGGAACAUUCUUCGCCGGUCUAGCAUUUCUUGCCUCCCAAAUGGCACUUUGUAUCGUCCUAAACGCGAUAUCAACAGGAAUGGAUAUGGCAGCUCUCUGUCCGCGAUGGAUAAAUAUUAGACGAGGAUUUUAUAUACUUACCGUCAUAGCCGUGGCUAUCUGCCCGUGGAAUUUCGUGAAUAGUGUUACGACUUUCAUUAAUGUUCUCUCAGGAUGGAGCAUUUUCUUGAGUGGUAUGACAGGGAUUUUGAUCUUCGACUAUUUCCUGGUUAGGAGGCGUGAGUUGCAUGUUGGAGAUUUAUGUAAAAGUGGGAACGAUAGUACUUAUUGGUACACCAUGGGGUUCAAUUGGAGGGCGGUUGUGGCAUGGGGUAUGGGUGUAUGGCCUCUUUUGCGUAAGUUUUGCCCCACCGGAAACAUCCCUUUGAAUCCAAACUGAUUAGAUUACAGCUGGCUUCAUCCGAAGAAUUCGAGUCACUGCGGAUGGAAGUGGAUGGGAUCACAUCUACGACCUAUCUUACUUCUUCGGAUUCUCUAUGUCAGGUCUUAUACAUUGGUUCCUCCACGCCGUCUUCCCAAUGAAGAAACAGAGGGGAAGCAGUCCAUUCGAGAUGGAUUUGCAUCGAGUAGUAGAUUUUCAAGGCCAUGUACCGAUAAGAUACAGAGAAAGCUUGGAAAGUGGGAGCAGAGAAGGGAUGAAAAGCGAUACUUGAUGUUUAUUCAGCCUUGGGUCAGAAAUAAGAUUACAGGAAAAUGUUUGAUAG